UCAAACGGACCCGGAAGUUGAUCAGCUUGAUGUUGACAGGGAAAUCUUCUCUGGAGCUGUGUAUCAUUUCCCAAUUUUGAACUCAGAAAUCAUAUUCAUUGUUUGUAAUCUAAAUAAGCAAUAAAAAGAAAGUAUCCUUGCAGUUGCACCUUGUAGUCUGCGAGGAUGGGAUCUAAAGAUAUGAAACUCAUGGAUGUUUUUUCAUACGAGAGUCUCGUGCAUGCAGUCGCCGGUGCGAUGGGCAGUGUUACAGCAAUGACUGUUUUCUUUCCUCUCGACACAGCUCGGCUCCGGCUGCAAGUUGAUGACAAGCGGAAAGCCAAAUCUACUCCAGCCAUUCUGUCAGAGAUCAUCAAGGAGGAGGGUCUGUUAGCUCCAUAUAGAGGCUGGUUUCCAGUAAUCUGCAGCCUCUGUUGCUCAAACUUCGUCUACUUCUAUUGUUUCCAUAGUCUGAAGGCCACCUGGCUGCAAGGUCAGAGGUCAACGCCAGGGCGAGACCUCGUCAUUGGCAUUGCUGCAGGUGUAGUGAAUGUUCUUGUGACCACUCCACUCUGGGUCGUCAAUACCAGACUGAAACUGCAGGGGGCGAAAUUCAGAAAUGAGGACAUACAGCCCACACACUACAAAGGAAUUAUGGAUGCGUUUGUACAGAUCAUGCAGCAGGAAGGAGUGGGAGCGUUAUGGAAUGGGACGUUUCCCUCCCUGCUGCUGGUGCUCAAUCCAGCUGUGCAGUUCAUGAUCUAUGAGGGUCUGAAAAGGCAUCUCCUGAGGGGCGUGAACAGAGAGCUGUCCUCGGUGGAGGUGUUUCUUAUUGGAGCCAUUGCUAAAGCCAUAGCAACCACCAUAACCUACCCACUACAGACGGUUCAGUCUGUUCUACGGUUCGGACAGCACGGGCAGCCGGCAGAUCAGUCCAAACUCCUGAACAGCCUGAGAUCUGUCAUGUAUCUGCUCAUCAAUAGAGUCAGGAAGUGGGGCAUGCUGGGAUUGUUUAAAGGCCUGGAGGCGAAGCUGCUUCAGACGGUCCUCACUGCCGCGCUGAUGUUCUUGCUGUACGAGAAGAUCGCCAACACCACCUUCAGGGUCAUGGGGGUCAAACGCGCAGUGACGUCCCACUGAGGGUGUUUAGCAGCUCUCUGAUGUCAAAGGAACUUCAUGGGCUGACAUGGGUGCUUGUGUUAUGAGCAGUGGUCAAAUAACGUGUGUUUUUUUGUUUGUUUUUACAAAUGGACGAAAUAUACAGUACCAGUCAAAAGUUUAGACGCACUUGCCUCAGUUUGUUUCUCAUGAUCUUUUGAUUUAUAGGCUUAUGCUUACAUGUUUGAUAUAAACUGUGAAGGCAAAGGUACGCUUUGCCUACAUAUGAAGUUAGACUGGAUAGUGAAGGAAAUUCAGCCAGGUUGUAGGGUUCAUUGAAACUCCUCCUAUCCCAGGAUGCACCUCUUUGUUUGCGAAAAUAUCCAGAUAUGAUUUAGACGUUUACAUUUAUUCGUUUAACAGACGCUUUUAUUAUUCGAAAAUAAGAAACAUCACAAGCAAUUUGUCAUAGGAGCGAACAGUUUUGUUUUCAAAUGUUUAACAAAGCAAUUACUAUAAUAAAAACUAAAAUCAAAAUAUAAAAUAAAAGCUAAUUCAAAUUAUUGAUAAAUGCUGUAGUAAAUAAUACUAAAAUAACACUGAUUGGUCGAUGACUAGGUUUAAAGUAUAAACUAGAUAUAAAGUGUGGCUAACUUUUGAAGAAGAUUAAAUAUAAGACAUUUUUUUUUUUUUUUGAAACAUUUUUUGGUUUUACUUUCAAUGGUGUUAUUUCAUAGUUUAAUGACUUUUAUUUCAAGAAUGUGGCAAAUAGUAACAAGGAGUGUGUCCGAACUUUUGACUGAUAGUGUAGUAAAACAAAGUAAAGAUGACAAAUAGGAUGCAUGCAAAUUUACUGAAAUCAAACCUACUUAAGUAAUUAAUUGACUGUGCUCAUUGAUGCAAAAUUGCCUUAAUAGGUCACUCUUUUAUGUAGUGUUCUGAACUAACUGUUUAUGAAUAACAGCAGAUCUGGACUGGUUUACAAAGUGUCGAAAUGAAAAUAAUGAUUGUGACGGAUCUGUUUUGCGACAAAGAUCAUUGCUGUCAACAAUGGACCCUGAUCUCAGAUCAGCUUUCCUGCAUUGAUAUACCAUAUGGAAACCAGGCUGGUUUUUCUGGUUCUGUGUAAGUGAUACUUGAUUCUACUUGACAACACAAAGCCACUGAGACUGUAACAGACCUUUAAGCUAAAAAGUCUAUAGUCUGAACUUUAAAAUAUCUUAUUUAACCAGUUAGUGAGUCAGAAUCACCUCAUCUGAACUCUGAAUGUUGCAUGCAGAAAUGUAGGCUUAUGUACAUGCUUUAUUGGCAGACUGAUGGGAUGGGAAUCCAUACUGAGAUUACGAUGCACUUAGUAAAAGCAUUUCAAAAAUCAAUCUCAGUGCUGAUGUUCACUCUGUACUGAAAUGUAAGUUGAAUCAUCAGCAUGCAGUUACAGUUAUUUAUGAAUGUGAUUUUAGUCAGACUUAUUCAGAUUAUAAAUAAUUUAGGAGAUUAUACUCAUUAAUGACCUCUUAGAUUUUAUAAUUGAUAUCACAUAAAAUUUGUGUAAUAUUUUUUCUACAAUAAAAUAAUUGAUCCAUGAUUAUGUGGUAUAUGCAUUGUUUUGCUUUUUGCUUUUCAAGGGAAACAACCUACAUUUUAACA